AUGGCUGAUUUGAUAAGUAGUCUCCCAGACGAAAUAAUUUGUUAUAUUCUUUCUUUUCUUCCAUCCCAACAAGUUGUUGCAACCACUGUUCUCUCCAAGCGCUGGAAUCUUCUCUGGCGUUCUGUUCCCUCUUUCGAUUUCAAUACCUUUAAGGAAUAUUUUUGGCUUCUCAAAUUCGAAAAAACUCUGAAUACGUUUUAUAGCUCGGUGUACUCUUUCUUGGUUUGUCGUGGAGAUCAACUCUUGUAUAGAUUUCGCCUUAGAUGUUUCUCUUCCUUUGAUAUUACUGAAAGUAUCAAGACACGGAUUCAGACUGCUCUGAGUGGAAGUUGUAGAGUUCAAAUCAUCGACCUCUAUUAUCCUUGGGAGGACUUUGUCAUUCCAUCUGUGGUAUUUAGCUUUAAAACUCUUGUAGUUCUCAAGUUGAAUUUCAUAACAGUGGAAGAUAUGUCCUUUGUUGAUUUGCCUUUGCUUAAGAUCUUGCAUCUAGAAGAUAUUAUUUCCCCAAUAGAAAUUGAUCUGCUUCUUUCUGGGUGUCCAAAUCUUGAGGACUUAGAAGUCAGUGGUUUGAAUUGUAAAACUAAAGGAAAGUUUAUCAGAUUGCCCAAGUUGGUUAGAGUCAGCACUGAUGAACCUUUACUUCCAUUGGAAAUAUUUAAGGAUGUUGAAGUUUCGAAAUUCGAUUAUGUAAUGCCUAUAUUUCAACCAAACCUGGACCUGAAUUUUGACUUUCACAAUUUAGUUCAACUUCAAUUGAAGGUGGAACUGGAUUGGCUUCUGGUCUUGAACGUGCUCAAUCAUUGUCCCAAGCUUCAAAGUCUUGUCAUUGACAUUUAUAAGUCCGAUGUUCGUAUUUGUCAGACCUUCAAUUUACCAGGUUAUGAAGAAGAUGUUUGGCCAUACCCACAAACUGUUCCUGCAUGCAUUUCAUCACACCUUAAAACCUGCAGUCUUAUAUAUUACAGUGGUUCUAAAGAUGAGUUUCAUUUUGCAAGAUAUAUAUUGGAGAAUGCAAAAUAUCUACGGACCAUGAGAAUACGCUUUGAUCCUGGAAAUGGAAAUGAUAUUAUGGAAAGAGAAUUAUCUUCCUGCAUGAAGAGAUCAGAUACUUGUACCCUUUCAUUUGAAUAA